AUGUCUGCAUUUAAAAAGGCCAUCACGUACUACUUCGCCAUAGUAUCGCUCUUCUCUGCAGUUUUUUUGGCACUAAUUGGUCUUUUGCUAUUGUAUGACUCCGACUCGUUGGAGUUGCACGGGAAUAAGGCUGAGAAGGUGAAGCCGUCAUUCAUUUGCGCAGGGGUAAGCCGCGGAGAGGUGCACCGGAGUAGCGGUGUAGCGGUCUGGCAGUUCGGCAGUUCGGCAGCUGGGCAGCUGGGCAGUUCGGCAGUCCGCCUGAACUGA